AUGGUCUUUUCUCGGGGUGAUGUGUCUGGUCAUGACGACCAAACCAUAGAUCACAAUAUUCCGGGCGGCAACAUCGAGAUUGUGACCUGGGAUGGACCUCAAGAUCCCCAGAACCCGUACAAUUGGUCUCUCCGCAAGAAGUGGACGCUGACCGGGCUGGCGGUCUUCGCAACCUUCAUCACUAUGAUGAAUGGCACCAUCAUUACCGUGGCCCACGCCGCGAUCAACGAACAGUUCGGCAUCUCAGAUGCUCACUUCCCCCACUCAUACUGGCCUGUGACAUCCUGGGCUGUCGGCGGAGGCUGCUUCUCUCUUCUCAUCCUUCCGCUCAUGGAAGACUUCGGGGUGCGAUGGGUCUUCCUGUCCACGUACAUCGCCUUUAUCUGCUUUGUGAUCCCCCAAGCCGUGGCGCAGAGCUUUGCGACUCUGAUCGUGACGCGGUUCUUCGCCGGCGGGUGUGUUGCUAUCCUGGCGAAUACCUCGGCCACGGUGAUUGGCAACGUCUGGGACACUGAAAGGGCGCGCAACGUUCCCGUCAGCCUGUAUAUCGUGGCGUAUCUAGUCGGCAGUAGCAUCGGGCCUGUUAUUGGCGCCCCCAUCUUCCAGUUCCUGUCGUGGAGGUGGAUCGGCUAUCUUCAGCUUAUCUGGCUGGGUGCAUUUUUCCCAGCAUACUUCUGGCUCUUUGAGGAGUGUCGUGGGAUCGCGAUCCUAGGACGCCGGGCGAAAGCUCUCCGGCAGAAGGGAAAGAUGGCAUACACUCAACACGAAAUCGACAGCGAGGGGACGUCUAUGUUGCGGAUGGUCGCGCGCAGUGCGGCCCGACCUUUGGUCCUAUUUUUCACAGAGUCCGUGGUGUUCGUUUCGUGCCUGUGGUCUGCGUUCACCGUCGGUACCUUGUACCUGUUCACUCAGUCCGUCGAGCAAGUUUUCUCGGGCCUGUAUGACUGGACUCCUGCGCAGGCAGGGUACGUCCAAGGAGCAAUUGUGGUCGGAGAGAUCGUGGGCUGGGCUGGGACCUUAUUUUCUGGUCGCAUCUAUUUCAAUUCUGCUGCGCGAAAUACUGAAAUCCCCGGUACACCUAUUCCUGAGGCACGACUGUAUCUAGCUAUUGUGGGCGGCGUCUUCGGCAUCGCGGGGGGCAUGUUCACUUACGCGUGGACCUCGUAUCCUAGCCUGCCGUGGAUUGCCCCUGCGGUCGGACUAGCCAUGGUCGGUGCAGGCAGUGUGAUUGUGGUAACUGGAAUCUCAGACUAUGUCGUCGAUGCAUAUGCCAAGUACGCUGCCAGUGCCAUUGGCAUUAUUGCCACAGGGGAAAACAUGUUCUCAGCGUUCCUGCCCCUGGCGGCCAUGAGUAUGUAUUCAACACUCGGGUUUAAUUGGGCGAGUACACUGCUUGCUUUUAUCUCGCUGAUGCUUUCGUUUGCCCCGGUAUUGUUUGUCCUCUAUGGAAGGAAGAUUCGGGCCCGGAGUCCGUUUAUGAAAGAGGCUAUGUUAGAUAAACGUCGGAAGAGCAUCGAUUCAGUUUGA